AAGUGAAUAGGAAAUUUUUCACGUGACGCCUCUCAGUAAAUCCGAGUAUAAACAUAACGUGAAGCGCUUAGCGUUUUCACAGUCUAGUGAAAAAUGCGAACCUUAUCGACACGCAACGCUCUGCCGCUUCUAUGGCUGUUUCUAUUUGUUGUCCAUUGGACGUCAGCUUCAUUCAAUUUGACCAUUUUGCACACAAACGACAUUCACUGCCGUUUCGACGAGGCCAACAAAAAUGCAGGGACUUGCAGACAACAGGACUCGGAUAAAGGCAAUUGUUUCGGCGGCUACGCUCGUCUCGUCCACCAAGCGCGACAAAUCCGGAAUCAGCAUCCGAACACGAUUUUUCUCAACGCUGGCGAUUUCUUCCAGGGCACCAUCUGGUAUAGCAUCCACAAAUGGAAGGCCGUUAGCCACUUUGGAAACAUGCUAAACCUAACCGCCAUGUCGCUUGGUAAUCACGAAUUUGACGAUGGAGUUGACGGGCUUAUACCAUUUGUGGAAUCUGCCAACCACCCAGUGUUGGCAGCCAAUAUUGACAGCAGUAAUGAACCUCGGCUACAGGGGAAAAUUUCUAAAUCGAUUGUCGUGCAAGUUGGAGGAAAAAGUGUUGGAAUUAUUGGUUAUCUGACUACAGAAACAACGUAUAUCUCCUCCGCGGGUAACGUCAAAAUCUUUGACGAAGUUCAGGGCGUUCGGGAUGAAGCGGAACGCCUCAAGAAGAGCGGAGUCAAUAUUUUGAUUGCAGUCGGUCACGCAGGUUAUCUAAAAGAUAUGGAAAUUGCUGCAAAAGUUCCAGACAUCGACGUGGUGGUAGGCGGUCAUACCAACACUUUUCUGUGGAAUGGUCCGGCUCCAUCAAUCGAAGAGCCACAGGGGCCGUAUCCGACUAUGGUGAAACAGCCAUCUGGGAAAAGUGUGCCAGUCGUCCAAGCUUUUGCGUUUGGCAAAUACCUGGGCAACUUGAUGGUGACAUUUAACGAUGAAGGAGAGGUCAUCGCCACAGCAGGUCUCCCUAUUCUUAUGGAUAAGAGUAUACCUCAAGAUCCGAGCGUCUUGCAGGAAUUAAUUCCUUUUCGUAAAGAAGUUGAAGCAUUAUCCGAAAAGGAAGUUGGGAAAACUCGGGUUUUCUUAGACGGAAAUCGCCUGUCAUGUCGAAUGGUUGAAUGCAAUCUCGGAAAUUUCCUAGCUGACGCGUACGUCGAUUUGUUCACUAAGUUUGCAGGCGAGGGCCAGUGGAAUAAAGUAGCUAUCGCUCUCGUCAACAGCGGAGGAAUUCGGGCUUCUAUCGACGAACGUGCUCAAAAUGGAUCCAUCACUUAUGGCGAUCUCCUUGCUGUCGCUCCUUUCAGUAAUACGGUCGAUAUUAUCAAAAUCAGCGGCGAAACGCUGAAGAAUAUUUUCGAGUUUACUGUGCACGAUUAUGAUCCUAAAGCUUUGGAUCCUUUCGGUGGAUUUCUGCAGGUUGCAGGUGUCCGUGUUGUCUACGACAUCUCUAGGUCCAAAGGGGACAGAGUAAUGGAACUUUUAGCUCGUUGUAAUAAUUGCCGCAUUCCAAUUUAUCGUCCCGUACAGCCUGAGGAAACUUACGACAUCGCUGUGGCUAGCUUUUUUGCGGGUGGAGGGGACGGUUUCGCCAUUAAAGGAAACAUUAUUGAACAUACACUUACGGGUAGUCUCGAUGUAGACACGAUUAUAGGUUACAUGGAAAGGAUUUCACCAAUUACGACAGGUGUGGAAGGUCGAAUCCGCUUUGCCAAUGAAACAAAUCUUAUGGAUUGUGGAAAGACCAAAAAUAAUGCGAAUUCAGGAUCAACAAAUCUUUCUGGUUUCGCAACUUCCGCUGUUCCCAUAUCUUCAUUGACGGCACUUCUACUACUGCUCUCCCAAACAAUGAUUAAGUAAUAUCAAAAACAUAAUAUUAUUUCAUCAGUAUGAAAUCAUUUGCUGAUGAGAUAAGUUUUACCAACAUUUUUUAAUAUAUCCCUUUUGUACUAAUUUUUAAUUUAUCAAAGUUCCUUAUUAAUAGUAAUAGGCAAAUAAAAUGUAAUAUAGUGUUUUUUCUUAUAACCUUGUCACAGAACAUUGUUUACAAUAGUUACAUAAACUAUAAUUCAAAAAUCAGGCCCUUCUUGCGCGCAAACGAAGUUUUACUUGUAACUACGUUUCUUUUUUCUAAUAACGCUUGAUGGCUUUAUUAAAUUUUGCCUUUGAUAAUUUUCAGCUGUCAAAUUAGAAAUUACUAAUUUCUAGGACUAAUUUCAAAUUAGUCAGUUUUAGCUACUUGGGACAUCCCGGUAAAAAUGAUCGGCAGUUAUCGUGUGGUAACUUAUUUGUGAUAUCUGACUAUAACUAUUCCAUCAACAAAGUCCACUUGUUAAAUUUCCGAUAAUUGCGUUUUUUUUUAAUCUACUGUCAUUUUCUAAAUUCGAUAAUAAGUAUGAGUGUUCCUGUGACGCCGAAAAGAACCCAACAUUAUUUAUGUCGUGGCACGGUGGCAAUAGAUUUAACCUUUUUUUAAUUUUCCGUCCGAGUCCGACUCUAGUUGUCCGUGGAUUUCUAAGGGCUGUCACUAGGUGGCUAAAUAUUUCAGUGUGUUUAGGGAUUGAGCUAUUCGACCGUAGUGCGUCCAAGUCCUGACUGCAAAAGCCCCGGGCCCGUCUUUUAUUUCCAGACGGUGUCCGAGAACGUUGGGCGAGUUAUUGCGAGGUAAUUGUCUUCCUGAAAUUGUUCGUCAGAUAAAUGGUAGCUACUUGUAUUCUUUAUGGUUAUUGAAAAUGAGAUUAUUGUGCGUAGUGAAUUUUCAAGUAAAAUGUUCAUCAACGUGUACAAUUUCGUAAAAUGUCGUCUCUUGCUGUACGUUGCACGUUUCGCCACAAGAUGAGGUAUUUCCACGCCAUUCGUCUUCGAUCAAGCUGAACCGAAAGUGAACUAAUACAAAGCAACAUAUCGAAGAUCUUGCUUUUCUCCACGUGGUCGCUGCCGUGUCAUGAAGAUGCUGGUGCUGCCUCUUCUAUAUUGCAGGACAAAUGUGAUGCAAAGAAGAAAUCUGAAAAGGCUGAGAUGCAUUUGGCUUCUGCAGACAUGUACUUAGGCCAAUACUUGCUGGAAUUAUAAUCUGUUGGAAGUUUUCUUGCAGCCAAUUGGCGAAAGAGAGUUAAAAUCAAGUUGAGCUGCGGCCCCUGGAAGCAGUCUACAUUGCUGGUGUCAUUCUGAAGUGGGGAAAUGUUACCUGAAGUUUAAACAGCAACAAAGACACAAUGAAAUGGUGACAACGUGAUGCAUCCUACGUAUGUUGGUAAUUUAAGGGCAUGUGUCGAGCAGAAGGAAGACGAGUCUCAUUUCAUUUAUUUCUGGGACGCUGUUCGAGGACAAUUUUUAGUUAUUUCUUGGUGAUGAAUGCCUUGACAUUUUUCACCAUCUAAAUGGUAACAUAUCCUUGGUUCAUGUGAUCAUGUAGCCUGCUGUAGAUAUUCCAAAAAUGUCGUCCCUUGUUGCAUGACGAGUUUCGUCACAUGAAUAGGUAUUUCCACGCCAUUCGACCAAACUGAACCGAAAGUGAACCAUUUAAUGCAACAUGUCGAAUAUUUUGCCUUUCUCCAUGGGUCCAUGGGCUGUGUCAUGAAGAUGGAUCUUUGAGAGGGUCACUACUGCAUUGCAAGACAGAAUGAUGAAAAGAGGGAAAAUAUUAAGGUAAAAGAAUCCUUUCCUUAUCUGCUGAAGAAUUUGAGAACACAGCAAAGUCUGGACCACAUUUCUGUCUUGCAAGAGGUUUUGCUGCUGCAGCCAGCCAUUGAAAGGGAGUUCAAAUGAAGUUUAGUUGAAGCUCCUGGAAGCAGUCUACAUUGCUGGUGUCAUCCUAAAGUUAAACAGCAA